AUUAUAAAAUUCACAGUAAAUAAAAAUGCCUGUGACCAGUAGGGAAAAGAAGCGCCCAACAAGGAACAUAUCACCCCAAAAAGUUAUAAUACCGAAAGGUAUGGUCAAUCCCAAAGAGACGACCAUAAUUGAAAUACCCUCGCGAUUGCAUCGCCAACCCAUUGUCAUCGCGAAGCACAAAAAUUCUGAAAUAGGAUACGGGUUACUCUGCAGCUCAUUUAAGUCGACGAAUGAGCACGUGACGCCCACCAAUUCAACAUUCAAGCCGAUUCUAAGUCAUUUGAAGACUUUACCUGAGCGAAUACUUGGUUCUAGUGGGUCUACAGAAAAACGACGCCAGGGAUCUUCUCGACAUUCCUCAAUGCAAGUCAUAUCCCAACCACAUCAUGGGGAGAAAUAUAAUAACCAACAAGUUCCCAAUACGGGAUCGUUUAAAGAUUUAGAGAUUGUGGAGGAACGUGAAAGAAGCGAACUGCAAAGAGAUUUGGAGGUUUUUCAGCGAGCGAGAAGAAACUUGUUAGAAAACACUUCGAAGUUGACCAGCAAUGAAACGUCGAAUAAACUGAUGAAAAAAUAAUGGAACAUCAAAGUUUUAUAUUAAUUCCGAAAGACAUAAUGUACCUUUUGUAGCAAUAUAUUUAUCGGCGACUGUAA